AUGCUAUAUAGUCAAGACUUGAAAAACAAGGCAUCUGCAGUUAUAUCUAACACAAAUUUGGGAUGGUAACACACCGGAAUAAUCUGUGAUUGUCUCUAAGAUCGAUAUGAGAUUGAGAUGAAGUAUUCGAAAGCAAUUGAAAAAUUGGCUACAAAAUUGGCUCCCAUCAAUGAAUUCUUCAGUGCUUCUUUUGGAAUCAGGGCAUAAUUAUCAUCACAAUUUGCUGAGGAAAUAAAGGGAGAAAUUGAUAUAAUGAAAUAAUUAAUAGUUACAUAGAAAGCAACCUAGUAUUUAGAUUAUGUGAAAUUGUGGGAUAGUCAAUUAUAAUCAAUAAAAUCAAAUCUUAAAGCAGCAGAAGGAUACCUCAAAAAUAAGAAGAGAGAAUAUGAAAUCGAGGGAACUUUGGAACUUGUAUUUUCAGCCUGUCAACCAGAGAAACUAGAAAAAUAGAAAAACAAAGCUGCUGCAUGUAAGAAGGAUUACCAAUAAGCAAAGGGGAAUUACUUAGAAUUAAAAUAAGAAAUGGAAAUGUUGUUGAAAGAGCAAGAAGCAGAAGCAACCCUCGAUCAACUCUAACAAUUAAACUUAUAGAGACUCAAUGCAGUCAAGGAUUGCAUUCUAAAAAUAUUUGUCUAUGAGUCUUCGAUCGCGAAAAAUCACUUAUAUGAUUUAGAGAAGAUGUCUGAUAGACUUCAUGAUCAAGAUUAAAAUUAAUUCAUAGAGGAUUUCAUCAAAAAGACAAAGUAAUAAGAAACUAAUCCAAUUGACUUAGACUCUUUUCUAACUAAAUUACUUGAUAGUUAGGGCUAAUAAUAAAUAUACACGACUAACAUCUACCCUAUUGGGUUAGAAAAGACGGAAGAGCAAAUUGAAUAAGAAACAAAAGAAAUAUAAGAAUCACCUCAGAAAUAAGAAGAAUUUUUGAAUUUCUUAUCCCAAAAGUUCAAUUCUAGUUUAUUUCAAUUAACUCUCCAGGAAUUUAUACAAUGCACUAAUAUAUCGAUUGGAAUUUUGGAUUUUUGUUAUGAAAAUAAAAAUGCCAUUUUGGCGCAGUAGUUACUUUAAUUUAGUUUUGGACUAUUUACAAAGGAUAUUCAAACUAGAUAUAUGUAAGACAUGCUUGUGAAUCAUCAAAUAUGGUAGCAUCGUGAUUAUUGGGAGGCUGUUAUUAUAAAUUAAAUAUCUAAGAUAAAGAAAGGAACGAAAGAAAAUGUCAAUACAAGCAUUUUAAGUAUAUUGACUUAAGUAGCCUAACACAUGUUGAUGUUUAAAUUAUCGCCAGAUUUAGUUAGGGACAUUGUUUAAAAGUUUUCUUCAUUUUUUAAAUUAAACAAAGAAAUAGCAGAUGAUCUCAUUUAAGCCAUAAACAGUUAAGUUUGA